AUGCGAGGACAGUGGGGGGAAGUAACCGUGUUGAACAUUCAAGGCCCAAUAAUGAGCUCAGAAGCCCCCCCGAGGGAGCCUCACGCGCGCGUCGGAAAUGGGAACCAGAAGACCACUCGGCGUACGCCAGGUACCACCAAUAUGAGUGAUAAAGAGAAGCGGCGGAGACGAAUUGAAGGUUCAAUAAAAGCUCUCGCUCAAAAGAAAGUACCGCAGUCGACACCGGAGUUUACUCCAGCUAGCGACCUUCAGAAGAAGCUAUCUGUCAAGGAUAGGAGGAAGCUUCGUAUCGAAGGCCAUUUGAAAAGUAUUGGAGAUCAAGGAUUCACCCCUGUCAUCAAUGAUACCUGGGAUGAUAUGAUGAUUCUUUUGGAAGCGGUGGAAAAUAAUACUCGGACGGAACCCACGAGGAGCACCAAGUCAAGGGAGCUCCUCGUUCCCGAAGCAACACUAGCACUUCUUGCUGGUGUUCUUCAAUCCAGCCUGCGGGAUAAUAUCUGGUUCGUACAUUGGCAUCACGGAUGUAAGGUGCAAGUUUUGAAUGCGGCUGAGGGUGUUAGAGGGGAUCGCAAGGUUAUAUUGACGGGAUCAGACCACACCAUGGAUUUGGUCGAGGCUCAGAUCCGGCGCACACAAGCUCUCCAAGAAAAGGGUGAUCCACUUAUCGAUAUGGAGAACCCUCCUGUUACUAUUGUCUCUUCUUUGCAGUCAGGUGGCCCCAAAAUGCGCGGCUAUUGGGAUUUUGCCAUGCAGACGAAGCUCAACAAAGUUCUUUCACUCAAAGAAGUUCGCCUUCCUCACUCGUCUCUGCGGACAGUGAGGGAAUUCACUGAAUAUGUUGAGGAUUUGACAAACGCAGGCCUCGCAGCCCGUCGCCCUGGGCGAAUCAGUGUGACUCGCAACCCGAGGACCGACGGUGAUGAGAUUACGCGACGGAUUACUAGGCUCUUCCAGGAUGAAUCUCUUCGUCCGUUCUUAUCUACAGCCGCUACAAAUCGGGCCUUGGAGUUUCUGUGUAGCCAUAACCAAGUGAAAGGUGCUCGAAUUGUCUUUUCUCUCGCGAAUCACGUUGCGACAACCGAUACCUAUAAUAUCUUUCUUCGCCUUGCGGCGCGUCACCGGGAUGUUCGACACUUCCGCCGAUACCUCCUAUUGAUGUCCCAAGGCAAGAUCCGUCCGAACGCUAAGACAUGGCUUGCGUUGUUGGAAGCUUUGAUUACUCCCAGCGAGAAGGCUGCUGUGGUCACGCGUAUGGUGCAGAAUGGCCACAUGACCAAUUUUGCGGUUAUUCGAAGUGCCCUUGCAUUGACAAUUCAAGAUUCGCUUUAUGUGCACCUUGAACGAGGACAAAGUGUGGAAUCGUUCAUCGCUCUGAUGAAACAAACUCACGGCGCCGACUGGUUCACCCCUUCAUUGCUGGGUCAGAUGUUCAGUGUAACUGCUCGAUUAAAGAACUUCGCCGCUACGGACGAGUUGCUAGAGAUCUGUGCCAGGGAAGCACUUGAUGUUGAUUGUACCGCCUUCGUUCAAGUUCUGCCAAUGUGUCGUUCCAGCCCACGCGAUGCACUCCGAUAUCUAUUCAUGUUCUCCAAGUUUCGUUCAUUCCGUAUGUUGCCACAGGCAUGGGAGCGUCUGUUUUUGAUUGCUUUCAAGAAUCGGUUCUACAAUAUGUGCCGAGUCCUUUGGCGAUACGCUUGCAUGAAUCAAUCCGUGAGCUUGAAAAUGAGACAAACCGUCCUCUCGUCUAUGCUCAGCACCAUCCCUGAAGAUUCUCCCGCGGAUGCCAACCAUUUCCGCGUGUACGCCGGAAAAAUAAUCACUGGUGUUGGCCAGCCCCUUGAGGAAAACCACGUGAAAGAAUUCAUAUUGAAUAAUAUUCCUUCAGAAUUCCACGACAACCCUAUAACCUACCUUCUGGCUGCUCGCACGCAAUCGAAAAAGAAAAACCGCAACCUGCGGUACCUCAUGUCAAGGGACCUUGUCUACAGUGACAUCUUCAAUGGCCCUACCCAUUACAAACCCAUCAACUCCCUCUACAUCAUGCUAGAAGCCGCCCUCAUUAUUGAAGAGGAAUUUAGAGCCGCCCCGAGGCCCUUUAACUGGCUGAUGCAAAAUGCUAUCCAUGUCCCAGUCGAGCGACUGGUCAAGGCAUGA